AUGUUAGAGUUAGCCUUCGGUUCUUCAUUUGGAGAUGCUGCUGCUAAUGCAGAAUACAGACGUGUGAGUGCUAUGAUUUAUGAAAAGUGUCUUAUGUCCUUGAAGAGAAACUUCCCUAUGAUCUGGUGUAACUACUGCCAAGAAGAAACUACAAUUGUUUCUGUGAAUCCAAACUUCCAAUACAGACAUCCUCAAAAUAUUUCUGAUGAAUUCAUUUAUUUCCGUCCUAUUAAAGAGGAAAUUCAGGAAAGGGCCAGAAAACAAAAUGAACAGAUUCCAACUUUGGCCUCCCAGCAACCCAAUCGUGAAGGUAUCCAUCAGAGGGACUUGGGGCUUACAAGUCAGGUGGUAAAAGCUACCACCCCACCACUAACUGAGGAGUUAGAAAGCAUUGCCCUUGUAAGACCAAAAACUUCAGGUCUUCUUCGCAUAGAGUUAGUACCAAUUUUUCCAAGGUUCCUAGAAUUUCAUCGCUUAGACGUUACAGGAAUUGCCAGUCCCAAGGAAAGGGGGAAAGGCACCGCAAUACUUGUUGCAGGUGUGCCUGGAAAGGAGGAGCUAGAUGAUACAGAAAUUCCAACUUUGCACUUCACUGGGUUUGUACACCUGGAGGUUUUACUAAAUAAAUGUUCACCAUCCUCAGAAUACAGUCGCCCAGGAACCCCAAGAAAUCUGUGGAUGGAAUCUCCAGAAAAUGCAGAGUCCCCAGGAAGUGAUGAUAUGGAAGUAGCAAGAAGCAUGUAUCCUUUUAGAGAAAGAUUCAUCUAUCGGCGUUCCUGGGCAGAGCUCUUAGAGGCACCACUAAACAAUGAGGGGCUUCAUAUUCUCCAAACUAUUCCCAAGGAAGAAAACCGAAAUACGGGUUGCAGCAAACUAACAUCAGGAGAAGAGAAUCAAGUAACCAUCCAUACUAAGGAUCAACAUUUCCAACCUUUGCAAGGCCCUUUCCCCUUGUUGCCAGAACGUCCUAAGCUCCAGCGGCAGCGCAGUCAAAGCUUACCAGGAUACAGUGAAGCCAGAGGCCAGUAUUUAAAUGCACCUGAAUUCAAAUUAAAUGAAGAAGAAACUCACUUCUUCCCACUUGACCAUAAUUUAAUAACAGAAGAAAAUAUCAAGGAAAUAUACAACGUGGAGGGAGUCUGGCAAAGAGAAAUUUCAUCACAUUCUGAAGAACAUCUUCCCAUCAAGCCGAGAUUUGAAAAUUCUGCAAUUGGAGAAAACAUUGGAAUUCCUGAGGAUACUUCUGCAUGCUCCAGAGGCAAUGUUAGAAUCCCCGAGAAUGAUGUCAAUACUAUCCCCAUUGUUAAUGUUGGAAUGCCCUUAGAUAAUCUUCAAGUUCUUAGAGGCAAUGCUGGAGUUCCCAGGAGCAGUGCUUUUGGUGUUUACAUGGGUAAUAGUGAUAGAACCUCCAGACGUAUGGUAUCUUCUCCACUCACUGAGCUCUCAAAGAUAGGUGAACACCAGUUAUAA